UCACGGGGCGUUACGAUGGAAGGUGUAAAAAACAACCAGAAAGAUUAUUUAAAGAAAUAUUUAUCCAGUGGGGAUAACACAAAGAAGAAGAAAAAGAAGAAGUUAAAAGUAGGAGUAAAAACGUUAUGUUGAUUAUUUCGUAUGUCAGCUUGGACCUAUAAGAAUGUACUGGAAAUUUUUUAGUCUUAAGAAUCCUUUGCAAGUAUGUCGUAUCGUUGUACGUACAUACGAAAAAUGUGGAUGUCCUUCGUUGGGACAAGAAAUAAUUACUUCUUCCUAUGAAAUAUUGACAUGCAUAAAUGACAAAGUACAGUCAUUCCCGUUUGGUCAUGUUGUAGUACGCAACAUAACUACUUCUGUACGAGAUAACUUUUCUCUUAGAAAGAUAAGGGAGAAGUACAUACUGCAGAUAUAUGUUCCAGAGUAAAAGUCAUUGAUGAUGACAUAGACUUGAAGAAUAUGAGACCGAUUGAGGAAGGGGAAUUCGAAAUCUUCAAUAGCACGGAAGAUGCACCACAAAUUGUAGGAAUAGUGGACGAACGCGGACCAGUUGACUUCUCAGACUCGAAGAGAUGGAAAAUUAUAGCAGACGAUGGACAAGGAGAUAUUACUAUUACAAGCAAAGCAAGAGAAAACACAGAUGGUCGUGAUUCUAAAGAUGCUUUUGAAAGCGAUCAUGAAUUCACAUCCAAAAGAAAUGGACAAUCACAUGAUCAUGGUUCAAAGUCAACUAGAAUUGGUUCUAAAAAUUCAGAUGUUGAUUUGAAUUCUUUGAAAAAAAAAAAACAUCGACCAAAUUCAAAAAUGGGUGAUGAACAUGAAUCCAAGGAUUUAAGUCCACCUAGGAAAUCUAAAAAGUCUUCAGAUGACGAAAACUGUUCAAGGAGUAAAAAAUGCUCAGAUGAUGAUCUCAGUCCACCAAGGAGGCAUAAGAUGUGUUCAGACGAUGAUUUUAGUCCACCAAGAAAACAUAAGAGACGUUCAAGUGAUGUUAGACCACCAAGGAGGCAUAAAAUGUGUUCAGAUGAUGACCUUAGUCCACCAAGGAAGCAUAAAAGACGUUCAGAUGAUCUCAGCCCACCACGUCGAUCUAGAAAGUGUUCAGACGAUGAUCUAAGUCCACCAAGAAAGCACAGUAAAUGUUCAGAUGAUGAUCUUAGCCCACCAAGAAAAUCAUCAAGCAAGCACCAUAGAUCCAAGGAGUCAAGAAGUCGUUGGAGCAAUGAUAAAAAUAUAUCUCAAAAACAUAAACAAUAUGCAGAUGGUAAUACAGAUUCUGAAAAAAUGAAAUCCAAAAGUAGAUGUGAUGAUAAGUAUGACAAACAUUUGAAGAAUUCCAAAACAUUGUCUUCAAGGAGUAAAACAAAUUCUGACAAUGAUCUUGAUCCUCCAAGAAAAUCCAAAAAUAAGCAUAAUUUUGAUCAAAGUCAGGAUACUUCAAGAAUACAAAAGGACCAUGAUGGGGAUUUUGAGUUGUCAAGUAGAAAGAAAAAGUAUUCGGAUGACGAUUUAAGUCCUGAAAGAACAUUCAGAUAUAAAAGAAAAGGAUCUGGCUACAUUAGUGACGAUCUGAAUGCUCCAGGUCCUUCAAAGUCAUUACACCGCAAUUCAAGAAAAGAAAAAAGAAAUUUUUCAUCACAGUCUGACAGAAGCACAGAUUCUGCAUCAGAGGAUUCGUCAAUGUAUUCUACAAGCAAACAGUCCAAUAAACAAAAGGUCAAUCGCCGCGCAAGGAGUCCAAACGAUUCACAAUCAGGAGAUAAUCGUAUGAAGAAGACACUGGAUGGCAAAACUGCAGGUUUGUCAGACGCAAAAGCUUUGAGGGAAGAGACUGAGGCUUAUAAAAAACGAGAAAAAGAAUUGUUUAACAAGUUGAGCACUGAAGUCACGGGCAAAGGUCAAGCGGCUAUCUUAAGAGAUCGCAAAACUGGGAAGAGACGAGACCUAGCUGCGGAAGCUGCUGAAAAACGGGAAAAGGAAGAAAAGGAUCGAGAAGAGGAAGAAAAAUAUGCGCGAUGGGGAAGAGGCUUAAAGCAAAUUGGAGACCAAGAAGAGAAACUUAAGCGAGAUCUGUACGAAAUGAGUAAACCACUGGCACGAUAUGCUGACGAUGCCGAUUUGGACAAAGAAUUGCGAGAACAGGAAAGAGAAGGGGAUCCAAUGCUGGAAUACAUAAAGCAAAAACAAAUAAAAGAAGGAAAACGUAAACCAGAUCUACCGAAGUACGAAGGGUCCUUUAUGCCUAAUCGUUUCGGGAUAAAACCCGGUCAUCGUUGGGACGGAGUUGACAGAAGUAACGGAUACGAGAAACAGUGGUUCGAAGCCCAAAACGCGAAGAAGGCUAUUCAAGAGGAAGCCUACAAGUGGAGUACCGCGGACAUGUAACGAUCACGUAUCUCUUCUCGUGCCGCUCGGGGCGGGGACGAGAAUUUUUCUCUGUGACAGAAAACUCGAAUACUUUAGUUUCUUAAGAAAAAGCACCUUUACAGCAUAUUUCCCCAAACCUGUUUGUAUACGAACAUUUAUUCUCGUUACACCGUUUUAAUUGCAACUAUCAGGACUUACAGUCGUAAUUCGCCCGAAAAUACAUUGCUACUAACUAAAUAA